AUGGUAAUUCCGCUCAAUAAACGGAAUAGAAUUGUAUGUUCUCUUCACGUAAAGGUCGAUUGUGCCAGACAUCUGCCCUGUUCCUGCGCCAAGUGGGCACUAAUCAAACGGACAGCCUCUUCGAGGCGAGUUUUCGAUGGCGAAACAGGAUUAUUCUCUGUACCCGUUCAAUUUAAAAACACAAAAGGUGACAUUAUUCAACUGAAUGCAGUCUAUCAGGACACGAUGCCAGAUGGCGGACAGCGAGCCACAGUAUUCGCAUUGCACGGUUCACCCGGGUCCCAUGCUGACUUUAAAUACUUAGUGAAGGAACUGCAGGCUAACCGAGUUCGGAUGAUUCUGCCGAAUUUUCCUGGUCACGGUCUCACACCUAAUGAUCCACGGUUGAGCUGCGAUAAUGAAGAACGCAACCAGUUUGCACGCGCAGUUCUUGAUAGCGUGGAUGACAUCCGAUCAACUGAUCUCUAUUUCAUGGGUCAUUCCAGAGGUGGCGAGAACGCAGUGCAGACUGCCACUUUAGAAUUACAAUCGGGUAACGUCCGAGGAAUAGUGAUGUUAAACUCAGCUGGUCUUCGAAGACAUCGUGGUAUUGAACCAUACUGGAAAAUUGAAAUCUUCGUGCGAUUGCUGGAUUUACGAGUCAUCAACUUCAUUUUACAUCCUUUUUUAUAUUUUAUAUACAAUCGAAUAUUGGGUCUCAAAGUACCAACGGGUAGUGCGGCUGCAACAGCGUUACGAACGAUGCGGACAUUUGCGUUGAGACGUAUUCUUCCAUGCGUAGAGGCAAUAAAUCAGCAUUCCGAGGUCAAAUUCCUGCAUGUGUACUCUGGUGAUGAUUUCCUCAUCCAACCAGAUAUUAGCAAAGAAUUCGCCGAAAAGUUUAAUGAUCGUGUCGAUUUGGAGUGUUCGUCUACUGAUAGUGCAGAUGUCACUCGAUCAACCAUAGAAGCUUUCUCUAAAGGUGUUCAGACGGUUUCCGUGAACUUCGUACACGAAGGACAUUUCUCACAGAAAUAUCGUGCACAAUUUCUCAUUGAUGUAAUACUAGCGCUCAUCUCACUGAAUUCCACAGCUGUUGAGUCUACAAAGAUGUCUAAUAAAGUGCAUAAAACGUACAAAUUGUGA